AGAAGGGAGACUUCGAGAAGCAGCAGCUCUGCUUCUGUUCACAUUUCAAUUGAUUUGACGACUUUAACUGCAGCUGAUCAGCUGGAAAACACAUUUGGUUCCAGUCAACAUGUUUCUUCUUCUGACUGUUUUCUUCCUCCCAGCUGUUUUGGUUCAUUGUGCCGGUGAAGAAGCUGGUCUCUUCAUCACUGCACCGAGGAGUCUGGAAGCAGUGAAUGGAUCCUGUUUGAUUAUCCCCUGUAGCUUCACACCUGCUUCAAGGAAAGAGAGACAGUUUGACAACAACAAAAAAAUAGUUGCAGUGUGGAUUAAAGAUGAUUCACCUUUUCAGGGUCAUCCAGAGAGAAUAGUUUUUAAAAGCAGUGAUGCAGUUAAAUACCCUUAUAUCAGCAUCAUUGGAGACCUGAAAAAAAAAAACUGCACCACCAAGUUUAAUAUUUUCAAACUAGAAAAAACCACAAAGUUCUUCUUUCGAAUUGAGAAUGAAUCAUUCAAGGCAACAGCUGCUUUAGAUCCUGUUGAAAUUAAACUGACAGGUUCUCCUCCGAGGCCCAGAUUAGAAGUCUCAGCUGAUCUGAAGGACCUGAAGGAGAAGGAGUCUGUCACUGUAACCUGCUCAGCUCUCACUCCCUGUUCACACUCCCCUCCUCAACUCACCUGGAGCCUCCAACAAGACGCUCACAGCCAAACUGAGGAAAACACAGAUGGAACCUUCAGCACUCAGAUCCAGAAGACCCUCACUCUGUCAGACACACAUGAUGGAUUCAGCCUCAGCUGCUCUGCUGUGUAUCCUGUUGCUGGAGGAGAACCUGUGAAAACACCUGAGACAGAGUUAACUCUCAGGGUUUCAUAUUCUCCUAAAGACACCACAGUCUCCAUCAGUCCAUCAGGGAGCUGGGUGACCCUGACCUGCUCCAGCAGAGCCAAACCUGCCGUCAGCAGCUUCACCUGGUUCAAGAACAGCGACCAUGGACCCAUCAAAGUGUCUGAAGGAGACUUUUACACCUUAAAUGUGACUGACAUAACAGAUCCAGAAAGUUUUUACUGUGUAACUAAAAAUUCUCUCGGUAAUCAGACGUCAUUGUGGAUUCAUGUGAACAAAGCAGACACGACAGCCUCCAUCAGUCCAUCAGGGAGCUGGGUGACCCUGACCUGCUCCAGCAGAGCCAAACCUGCCGUCAGCAGCUUCACCUGGUUCAAGAACAGUGACCAUGGACCCAUCAAAGUGUCUGAAGGAGACUUUUACACCUUUAAUGUGGCCAACACAACAGAUCCAGCAAGUUUUUACUGUGUGGCUGAAAAUGCUCUCGGACAACGUGUUCCUUUGAUGAUUGCUGUUUCAGUGAGCAUCAGCUUUGUGUUCAUCUUCCUGCUUUUCUCUGUCUGGUGGUUUAAGAAGCGUCGGCGCCCACAACAGACUCAGACUCAAGCAGCAGAGCAGUUUUCCAGCCACAUGGCGGCAGAUGAACCAGAGAAGGACGUCAGCGGCGACGAGGGCCUUCAAUACGAGCACGUCAGCUUCUCAAAGCGGAGAGAUGGAGCUUUGACCGUGUCAGUGCAGGACAACAGACAGCAGGAGGAGACCGUGUACGCACAGGUCAAAGUUCACGGGCAAGAAAGUCAGUCAAGUCAAGUUGCUAACGGCCCCGAGGAUCUGUACGCUAAAGUCAAGAGAAACUAGGUGUUUCUUCACCCUCCACACCCUGCAGAUUAAAUCAUGACAGGAGAACUUCUCACCACAUGAGGCUGAGAGCAGGAGUCUGUUUACUGUAUAAAGACAGAAGCAACGGUCACAAAAUAGAGAAGUAUUUUUUUGUGACCUCCACCCUGUUACAAGUGUAGAAUUUGUACACAUUUCGUUUGAAGUUUGUUCCGUUCAGUCAUUUCUUCACUCACCUCAUCAGCAGGAUCCAGGUCUGACCACCAAACAGGAAGAAGGAGGUCCUCCAUCCUUUCAUGGGGAGUUGAGUGGAGCGUCCCUGUAUGGCAGAGAUGAGAGGGAACUAUAUAAUAUUGUUGGAUUCUUGUUCAUUGAUGACUCUGUUGAAACUGUAAGAUGGUGAUGAGUAGCUGCUUUGUGAAUUUGUAUCUUUGUUCCAUUGAUGGUCACAUGGGAGGGGCAGCAGGGACAUCAACAGGUCUCCUGCACACAGAAGUAAACCUGAGGAAACAGAGCUAACCACUGCGCCACUGUGCCUCAGCACACUUUACAGCGAUAUGUUUAAAGUCCUUUUUUCUCAUUUAUUUCUGUUUGUAAAUCAUGUUUGCUUUUCUGCCAUAUUUGAUGUUCUUUUCUAUUUAUUCUGUGUGAAGCAACAUUGUAAAACAAUGAAGAAUUUCUAUUCUUUCUUUAUCUUUGCAACAUAUGUAUUGGGAAAUGUCACAUUUUUUGUGACAAUAAAUUGCAAUAAUAGCAAAUUGUAUGAAUCUGAUGUUAACAUUUUUCCAAAUUAUGGUAAAAUAAACAAAAUGCAAAUGAAAAAUUUCACCUAAAGUCUGACAAAAAAUACGUUUAUGGAAAAUUUACUAUUGAUGUUCAAUUAUGGGGAAGAAGUUAAACUUUUUAUGACUAUCCGAAGAAAGGCUUAAUAAUCUCAGUCGCAUUUCAUUAUUGGUCCAGAAUCUCUCAUAGUGUGUGUGUGUGUGUGUGUGUGUGUGUGUGUGUGUGUGUGUGUGUGUGUGUGUGUGUGUGUGUGUGUAAACAUCACUGGGAAUCAUGCAGUUUAAAAGUUGCAUAGUUCUGCUUUAAACUGCAGAAAUUCGGUGUCGGUGGAGGAUCCCCCUGUGAGCAGAGAGGAAAGCUGAUGAAAUACGAGGCGGACGCCACCGGGUGGGAGCAGAAGCACCAGAACCGCUGGUCAGACUUUUCCAUUACUGUACCGUUUAGCUGAUCUUUUCACCAUGAAGUGAAAACAUGUGAAGAAACUGUGUAUAAAAGCAGCUUUUAUAAACUCUACAUCUGCCAUGCAAAAUCCACACAGGAUGAUUU